AUGGCUGGCUCCAAUGGCACUGGAAAUACCCGGGUCACCAAAGGCCAUGGGACACAGCCAGCGCCUGGCACACUGAAGGCCACGGUGCCACCGCAGGCAGAGGCCGAGGACCGGCUGAAGGAGCACGUGGACAGCGUCCUGGCCAGGAGCGCCAAGACACGCCAGGCAGCCCUGCAGAGUCUGCGCCUGGCCUUCUCCUCGCGAACCCUCUCCGAGUUCCUGCUUGAGCGGCGCCUCACACUCACCGACUCGCUGGAGAAGUGCCUUAAGAAAGGUAAAGGGGAGGAGCAGGCACUGGCGGGCCCCGUCCUCACCCUCCUCUGCCUCCAGAUGGGCUCUGGCCCCGAGGGCGAAGCAGUGUUUCGCAGCCUGAAGCCCCUGCUCGUCAGCAUCCUGAUAGACAGCACGGCCAGCAGCGCCGCCCGGCAGAGCUGUGCCGCAGCCCUGGGCAUGUGCUGCUACGUCGCUGCUGCCGAUCUGGAGGACCUGGUGUCGUGUCUGACCUGCUUAGAGGGCAUCUUCGGUGCCCCUGGCAUGGGCGAUGGCAGCUCCGCGCCCCUGCAGCAUGGCCCUCUGCACUGCAGUGCCCUCCAGUCAUGGUCCCUGCUCCUCACCAUCUGUCCCACCUCCCACAUCAGGAGUAUUUUGGACAAGCACUGGCUCAAGCUGCCCUUGCUGCUGUCCAGCAACAGCAUCGCCCUGCGCAUCGUGGCUGGAGAAACCAUUGCGCUGCUCUUUGAGCUUGCCCAGGACACGGAGGAGGACUUGGGCCACCAAGACACUGAGUUCCUAUGUGCCCAGCUUAAAGUUCUGGCCACUGAGAGCAACAAGUAUCGGGCCAAGACAGACCGGCGGAAGCAGCGCUCCAUUUUCCGGGACAUCCUGCGCUUCAUUGAGAGCGGGGAGUAUCAGGAGGAGACCAUCCGCUUUGGCCUGGAGUGUGUCUACGUAGACAGCUGGGUGCGUCGGCGAACGUACCAAGCCUUCAAGGAGGUGCUGGGCUCUGGCAUCCGCCACCACCUCCAGAACAACGAGCUGCUACGGGAGAUCUUUGGCCUUGGCCCCCCCUUGGUGCUGGAUGCCGCUACUCUGAAAGCCAGCAAGGUCUCCCGCUUUGAGAAGCACCUCUACAAUUCAGCUGCCUUCAAAGCCCGCACGAAAGCCCGGAGCCGGGUACGGGACAAGCGGGCGGACGUGCUGUGACGGGCAGAGCGGGGCAGUGCCCCCUGGCCCGUGUGGACUGCAGACCCACCACUGUGAGGGGCCAGUGCCCCUGGCCCUUGGGCUUUUACACAUGUACAGCAGAGUAUUUAAUGCCUGGUGCUGCCCCGCUGGGGGUUGCCCCCUCUUUUAUUUUUUUAACCAAAAACAAGAAGGAAAGAAAGGAUAAAAAAAAAGGAGGGAGAGUUG